AUGGACAAACAGUUGGAAUUAGUACCUCGAAGACCUCAUGAAAGAGAAAGAGGCAAUCUCAUAAAGUCAGGCAAUGUGUUUGUAUUCAUUGAAGAACACUCUGGGAUUAAGAGAUGGACAGACGGGAUCGCCUGGUCUCCUUCCAGAAUACUAGGUAGGUUCUUAGUGUACCGUGAAUUGGACAAACACUCAUUGAGCGAGAAAGACGACAAAAAGAAAAAGAAGAGAAAGGUAAGUAUCGAGCAAGAUCCUUUAGAGAACAGUUCCAGAAAGCUGAAUGGUUCUAUUAAUUCCAAUAAUUCCUUACCAUCCAUUCCUCAUGCGCAGCAAUUACUUCAACAGCAAAACGACUCAAUAAAUUCCACUUCAUCUAGUACCACCUCCGAAUACAGCAAGGGCCUCUUGGGCGGUGGUCCAUUGGUAACUUCGUAUGUGUUUAAAGAUCAGGGGCUAAUUAAGAAAACUUUAAGUUUGACCACUUCGUCAAAAGAACUUCAUAUUGAUAAGAAAGAAGAAAAACAGACUAUUCACUUGAUCAGUUACUAUAAUGCUGACGAUGUCUUAAAUGGCAAACUCCAAAGACCUUCCGAGACUGACUUGAAAAACUUGUCCAUAACUAACAGUCUCUGGAAUGCAGUGAAAGACUCACUGUUGGGAGGUAAAAUACCGAUCGAGGACGAAGCUUACUACUUCUUAGACACCAAUUACCAAUUGCAGAACAUGUCUUUACUUCAGCAACCACCACAAAUGCAACACCAACCACCCCCACAUUCACAGCACAGUGCUAGUGUUGGCUCUAUAGCUCCUGCAAAUCAACAGCAACAUCAACCUCCUCCAAGUUCAAUGCAAUACUUAACUCUGAAGUAUGGUCCACCUAUUGGAGCGCCACAAGAUAGCCGCAGUCAUGCACCACAGGUAGUAGCACAUCCCAAUCAACAGUACAUGUUGCCCAUUCCCCAGCAACAACAACAUCAGCCUCAACAACAGGAAUAUCCUCAACCGCCUCCUCCAGCCCAGCAAAUGUCAAACACAUAUAUAAAAAGAGAGGACGACAACAGUGUCGGCAACCAACAAGGGGAAUUGACUUUUAUAAACCCGUUCACUGGAGCCACACAUCAGACUACAGCCAACUACAAUACUCAAGCAAUUGGGUCUGGCUCAGCACCAGGAUCAACAUCUGGUGCUUCUGUUCAAUCAUAUAACAACUACAUGAUUUCACCACAACAAUUCGCCACUGCCUAUCAACAACCACAACAACAAGCACAGCUACAACCACAACCACAACCACAACUACAACCACCACAACCGCAACCACAACCUCAACCUCAGCCGCAACCUCCAGCUCAACAACAACAUGAACCGGGAUCAACCAACACAUCGAUAUCUCACUAUCCACCAUUCCCACAACAUUUCCAACAACCACAACAAAUCUAUUCUGUCCCUGGAGGUCCUCAAUAUCAUUUUGGUUCCGUGUCCGGUUCAUCUGACCAAUACUCAAUCAGCGGUGCUUCUAAUGGAUCAGUGAGUUCUACUGGUAGCAACAUGAUCCAUGGCUCUUCAUCCAACAGUUUCAGUGGUCCCCCAUCUUCUGUCACUCCAAAAAGCAAGUAUCGUAAUAGCAGCGCUAGUGCAAGUUCUACGAGCAUUAGUGGACCCAGCGGGAUGUACAAUUCCGCCAAUCAGGGCGGCUGGUUUAGUACAAACCCAUCGGUGGGAGGAGGCUACGUUACAGCCCCUCCACCAGCAGGUGGCGAGUUGAGCGACCCUCGUGGAGUAGUCAGCGGUGGAAAUGCAUCGCCACUUCCCCAUAAUCUACCACAUUAUGCCAACAGCUCUCAUAUUCAUCCAAACCACCAUCAUCAUAUUUUACCUUCUCAUCCUCUUUCUAGCACAACUACAAGCGUGGCUGGCAGUACGGCUACAGUAGGAGCCAGCGACGACGGUGGAAGUAGUGGGGCAGCUGCUUCUGGUGCCUACAACUACAGUGCUUCAUCAUAGCAUGUGUAAAGUAUUUGCUGUCUUAUAUGCAGCUUGUUUUAAUGUUCUGUUUGGUCUUUUGUAUUAUUAGAUAUGAUCUUCUUCAAUAUAAGGUAAUCAUAGAU